CAGGCAACUGAAUCUCUUUUGGAUUCGUUUGAAACUUUUUUUUUACCCUGGUGGAAAAAAAUACACAGUAACUGGCAACACUGUGUCUAUGCAUUUGCAAGCACUGGACCAAACCUCUGAGGCGUUCAGCAUCAGUAGAAAUGACAAGAAAUGCCACAUACAGAUCAUAUCUGUGAAUCCAGCGUUCAGCAUUUUCUUUGGAGCAGAUAAAGAAUGUGGAGGGUUUUCUCUUCGACAGCAACAAGUGGGGGGUCUCUGAGGAUUUGCUGGCGGCAGCAGCAGAUCCCCUUCUACCAAACACGCUCUCAUCUCUCUCUCUCUCUGUUGCUAAUUUUUCCCCGUCGCCCCACUCUCAGUCGGCAUGGUGAACAGAGAACUGCUAAGCUGUUGAACAUGGGCUCCUGCCUCUGCAAAGGUCACCAAGAGCUGCAAAGUGGCCAGCAACACCCCAUGGAAGAGCUUCACUCGUACGCUGAAGGACAGCCCAUCUUUAAGGGUAACCAUCAGCCCUACAAUGGCAGCAUGUCAGAUAAAAGGAGCAGCAGCGGGUAUGACAUUGGAGAAUUGGCUACAUCUUCCCUGCUGGGACUGCUGGCCACUAUUAAAGACCACAUCACUAAGCCCACUGCGAUGGCCCAGGGCCGAGUCGCCCACCUGAUUGAGUGGAAGAGUUGGGGAGGGGAAGCGACGUCUGGAGGAGGCUGGUGUGGCUGUACGAGAGAUGGUGGAGGAUGGGGAAGUGUGGGAGCCGCACUGCAGGAGGACGAGCAGCUCUACUCUCACCUCACUGAUGAAAUCAAAGAAGCACGAUUUGCUGCGGGUGUGGCGGAGCAGUUUGCUCUGGCUGAGGCAGCGAUGAAUGCCUGGUCAUCCCAGGAUGUUGAAAAUAAAGCUAUAGGCAGUACAGUUCCAGUACAAGACCCCGAGGGCCUCUAUCUUUCUCAGUUCCUGUUGGAUGGAGGGAGUCUGGGUGUUCCUCGGCACCUGUACAGAAUGCACAUGGAAGCUGAUGACACCAGCUCUCUGGCACCUUCUCAUCCUCCUCAGUCUCAUUCCCCCAGUCAUUCUCAUUCUCCGCUGGACACACAACGUCCACCGCAGGAGCAGAGGAUCUCGCCGAUGGAAGGGUCCGUGCGACACGCAGACAGCAUCUCCAUGUCGGAGGAUGAGGUUUUUUAUAACUGAAAUUUUGAUGAUGACAGUGGAACGAAAAAAAGAAAAGGUUUUUCAUCUGUUCUUUGUGUUCGCUGAGAAGCGUAUGCGGUUACGUCUGGGGUUAUCGCUUUACCGUUAAAGUAUGUAAUAGCCACAGCUGAGCUCUUUGAUUCUCUGAACGCAGGGAUCGUUGUACACGCAGACAUGUUAUUUCCAUAUCAUGUUGCCUUUUUGCAAUGAUGAUGGAGAUUGGACUUUAUGUUAACAGGGUCAGACCAAUUACGUUUAGAAUAAGGUAAAAGGUCAUCGCACAUGAAUGCAUCUAAAAAUAUACAUCGACAGAGGGGUGAUCAAGACCAUCAUGUCCUUUCACCUUCCACUGAGUGUUUGUAGAUAUUUGCAGCAGCCAUUCACAAAGAAGCGAAGGCCUAUUAGCACUAUAGACUGAAGAAGAAAGAGCCAAAAUAAAACACGCUUUCAUCUCCACAGACAUUUGCCCGGUGCGUUUCCACUAAGAACGACUCAAUGGGACUACAGAGGUGAAUAGGAUUCUUUUGUGAGGACUCUGGAGGGUGAAAGUGACUUAUGCCUUUGAGCAAAGCCGCAAUUAUUACUUGGGGCAGUGAGGUGGAGAUUUUAAAGAUUUUUCAUAUUGCUAAAUGUUUCCAUGGAGAUUGAGUAUAAAACGUCUAACACAGCAAAUGACUACAUGUAUCCUCAAAGCUGAAGUGUGCAAUUUUAAUAGCCUCACCAAACAGAACUGCACAAUAUUGACUGUUUUCAAGUACAAUUUCUAAACAUUCCCACCAUCUGCUAUUGGUUGGAAAAAAGAAAGCCCCGCCCCAAACUCAUGCCAUUGGUCGAGCCAGUGUCGCUAGUCGGAAUACUCACAGUCCAUCAGGGCACC